GGAGCGGGUGAAUAUGAGCCAUUUCUUGGUGCACAGAGCCCACCACCCCUCCUCUCUGAGGCAGUAUACGGCCAGAGAGAAGAAAAACAAAUUGAGCACCUAGGAUGUGAAAGCUCCUCUUCUUUCCAAAGGAACCAUAUUGCUUGCAAGAUGGAUCAGAGUAAGCGAAAUUCAAUAGCAGGAUUUGCACCACGCUUGGAGCGCGUUGAAGAUUUUGAUGGGGGUGGCAGAGGCGAUGGGACCGUGCCCCAGAUGGGCAGAGUUUGGACUUCUUCAUACAAGGCCUUGAUUAGUGCCUUUUCAAGACUUACAUGACUUGAUGACUUUUCUUGUGAGAAAAUACAAUCUGGUUUCUUCUCUGAGGUGUUCAAGGUGCGGCACAAAGUAUCUGAUCAGGUUAUGGCUUUGAAUAUGAAUACGCCAAGCAGCAACAGAGCAAAUAUGCUGAAAGAAGUCCAGCUCAUGAAUAGACUUUCACAUCCAAACAUAUUAAAGUUUAUGGGUGUCUGUGUGCCUCAAGGACAACUGCAUGUCGUUAUUGAGUAUAUCAACUGUGGUAACCUAGAACAGCUGUUGGAUGGUAAUCAACAUCUGCCCUGGACAGGAAGGGUGAAACUGGCACUGGACAUUGCUCUGGGACUCACUUACCUUCACUAUAAAGACAUUUUCCAUCGGGAUCUGACAUCCAAGAACUGUUUGAUAAAGCUUGAUGAGAAUGGAUAUUCUGCUAUAGUUGGUGACUUUGGCUUAGCAGAGAAAAUCCCCGACUUCAGUGAGAAAUUGCCAGUGGUGGGCUCUCCUUACUGGAUGGCACCUGAAGUGCUGAGAGAUGAGCCAUAUAAUGAAAAGGCGGAUGUAUUCUCAUAUGACAUCAUUCUUUGUGAGAUUAUAGCAAGGAUCCAGGCAGAUCCAGACUAUCUCCGUCGCACAGAGAAUUUUGGGUUGCAUUAUGAUGCUUUCCAACACAUGGUGGGAGAUUGUCCCCCUAAAUUCCUCCAGUUGGCCUUCAACUGCUGCAAUAUGGACCCAAAAUUACGUCCUUCAUUUGCUGACAUUGUCAAUACAUUGGAGGAAAUUCUAGGGAAUUUGAAAAGUGAGAAGGCUGAAAGAGAAAGAAAGCUCCUAAAUCUGGACAGCACAGAUCGAAAACCAAUCUCAGUUUCCAAAUGUUUACUAGAGAGGAGACAAGGAGUAAAAAGGCUAAGUUCACUGGAUGACAAGAUUCCACCUAAAUCACCCCAUCCACGGCGCAAUAUCUGGUUAUCACGCAGUCAGUCGGACAUAUUCUCUCGCCGCAAGAUAAACGUUCAGGACGCCUACUAUACACCAAGCAAAGGGGCAAACCAGAAAGUCAUCCCUUUCAAUUCUAGGGAAGACUUGAAAGUGGGAAGGUCAAUUUUUUUUGAUUUGCCAAGCAAAUCUGUGAUAUCACUUGUAUUUGACUUGCACUCCCCAGAGGCAGAAGGAUGUCUGAAGAUGAACCAGACCCCAUUCAGGCAGACUUCUAACACUGACUGGCUGGACUCCUCUUUCCUUCCUGCAAGACAGAGCAGAUCACUUCCAGGAUCUCUUGAAUUUGUGCAUAAAGAUUAUAGAACAUUUAGGGAUCUCUCUUCAACCAUUAGUAGAUGUGAUCCCAGCCAGCUGGGGGCUGAAGUGCGGCAGAAGCUACUGAGCAGCAGUCAGUAUGGAGUGUCUGAGAUUCCUCCUUUCAGGCAGGACUCGCCUUCUCCUCCUCGGCAGGAGGAGGAGAUGGACUAUUCUGAUGGACUGGACCCCCAAGAUGAAAAUGGGUACUGCCCUGUAAAUUUUGCUAAGGAAGCAGAACUCGGAAAGCCCAGGGGGGCAAGUUGCCAGAAUGUAGAUGGUGUCUUGGCACAUAAUUUAGACCAUUCAGAAAAUAGAUCCUCAGAGAUGUUUAUGAGCUGCAUCUCCUCUGAAGAUAUGGAAGUUGAAGAUGAAACUCAAAGGAACAUGCCUUCCACUAGGUUGGAGUCUUCCAAACUAUUGUUCAGUGUUAACCCUUGCCCACAGUCUGGCAGAGAAGCCUCUCUAUUUGAGGCAGUGGAUAGUGACAUCUCAAAUCUUGUUUCUCUGCCAUCUUCAAAUGCACCAGCAUCAGUAUGCGAGCAAUCAAAAUGUGACAUUUAAAGUUCAGC